CUCUUCUCCUUCUCUAUUAAGAAAGCCUAUUUCUUCUUCUCUCUCCCUAUAUAAACACUCACAAACACUCAUAGACAUAUAUACAUAUACACAUACAUACAAUAUACAUAUUAAUUUAUACACAUAUUUUUGAUCAUAUAUAUACAUAGUUUUUUUGUUGAAGAGGAGAAUGGGUGCAUUUGAUUAUAUAUCUAGCUUUUGUUCAUACACAUAUGCUAAUGCCAAAACCAAGCGUAAGCCAUUGCAGACAGUGGAUAUCAAGGUAAAAAUGGACUGUGAUGGUUGUGAAAGAAGAGUUAGAAACGUGGUUCGUCGCAUGAAAGGGGUGAAAUCGGUGGAGGUGAACCGGAAACAGAGCCGGAUAACGGUGAACGGACACGUGGACCCAAACAAGGUGUUGAAGAGAGUGAAAAGCACCGGUAAAAAGGCAGAGUUUUGGCCGUACAUACCUCAGCAUAUGGUCUAUUACCCUUUUGCCCCUGGCAUGUACGACAAACGUGCCCCUGCAGGCCACAUCCGUAAUCCCACUCAAUCGUUUCCAACCGCAAACGCUCCCGAGGAAAAUUACGUUUCCCUCUUCAGCGACGACAACGUCCACGCUGCUUGUUCCAUCAUGUGAGCAACCAACCAAAAGAUUAUUCAUAAUCUCUAUUUUGUAAUUUGUAUACUUUUCUUACUUUUGUUAAAAUCAAAAGGUAAUGUAGAAACUUUGUAAUAAAUUAUAGAGACAACACUUAAAACGGAAUCUAUUUGAUGGUUUAUGUUUCGAACAA